UACUAAGAGAAAAAGCCAAAUUAGAAGAAAGAGAAAAAUCAAUAAUGUUUUGCAUGUAUAACAGGCAACGGCCAAAUACAUCUACAGCACAAUAAAGAACUCCAGCAUGGCACUCUCCAACAUAAUUGGACCGGUGGAACGAAUGGCAUUGGCUAACCAUCCAAUUAAAAGCUUGUAUUUUAUGAUGAUCGGCGGGCCUGAGAGUCUAACCAUAGCAAUGGUUAGCUACAUGGGAAAGCUGAGGGUUGCUUUUAAAACCGAGAAAGGCUUUAUUGAUCCCGAAAAGUUGAAGUCAUCUAUCCAGAAUGCUUUUGAGAUGAUGCUCAAGGCUGCACAAGAUAUUGCUUAAUUAAUUCAAUCUCAAAUUCCAUACACAAUUGUAUUCUACCCUUGCUUUGUUUCGGGUUAGGAAUAAUUGCUUUAUAUUGAUAGAAGUAUCUUAAAUACAUGCAAUGCUAUAGCAAUGUUUUAGUUCAAUUACAUAAGAUGUCUCAUUUAGAAAGAAAAAUAUUUAUGCAAAUGUGUGUUU